GCAGCAGAGACGCCUACUACCGGAAGUAGAAACAAGCUAUUUCCGGUUGAAAGCAGCAACAUGGCGGCAAACGGAGAAGAGAACUCUGAGCCUGGAAAACUGGGGUUCUCCCUGGACGUCCCGUUCCCGUCGCCUCGCGAGGCCACCAUCGCCCUGAGCUCCCUGUCUCCAGACAGAGAGCCGAGGAGAGGCGGGAUCAGCAAACACCUGAGUGUGAGCGGCAGCACCUUGUCCGUGAGGUGGAGCGCAGACGAAGCUCGGAUCCUGCGAGUGUCCGUCUGCUCCUUCCUGGACCACCUGCAGCUGGUUGUGGAGACCAUGGAGAAGUUUGGCGCCCCGAUUCCCUGAGAGGGAACGGACUGAAACCUGACACCCCGUCACCAAAGUUUUGUGGGAGAAUCCUGAAGGAGGAGCGCCGCGGCUGGGACAGGAGUCCAGCAGGACCGGCCUUUCUGAUGGAAAACAUUCAUCUGACUUAAACAAACAGACGUAUGGACAGAUUGUCCCGUCAGAGCUUCCCCUUGGAAAAAUUGACCUGUUCUGGCAGAGGUUCUGACGUCCUGUGGUGAUCCGGUCCGCCUCUGAUGACUGAAUAAUGAUAAAUGUGGUUUGUGUCACAUCGACUUUAUUGGUUUUUCUUUCAGAAAUAUAUAAAAUGUGUUAAUAUUGAAUAUUUUAGAAAGCGCUGUGCUGAACUUUUGUGUUUUUGAAGCCUCUGAAGCUUCAGUUUGAGGAAAAAUGCUUCAGUUUUUUCAGGUUUGAUGGAACUACGAAGACCAUGAAACCUGUUUGAAAGCCAAUAAACUGAUGAGUUUAUCAGAUUUUACAUUCACGUCUUGAACUGAAAAAUAGAAUGAACAUUUAAAAACAUUUAUUCCACAUGUAAUUAUGGAGUAAGAUUCCAUUCAAUUUUAUUUGUAUAGCCCAAAUUCACAACAGUUGUCUCAAUGGGCUUUCGUAUAGGUAAUUGAAAAAGUUAAACAUAAAAUCAAACAAAAGAUGUUUGUUUAGGGUCCUCUCUAGCUGUUAUCUCUUUGUUGUUGAAUCUUUUAUGUGUACAUUUUUUUGUGGGAAUCAAACCAUC